AUGCUGACUCGGCAAGGUGUGGAGAUACGGGUGUUGAGCCGUCAAGGCAAGUCAAUCAGGGCAAUCGCUCGCGAGCUGGGUAUUUCGCGGGAGACGGUGCGGCGGUAUUUGUCUGAACCUGUCGACAACAGGCCUAUACCCAAAACCGGGGAGGAGUUGUGUGAGGCCGUGGUGACGUGGCUAGUACGCAGCCAGGCUCUGCGGCACUGA